GCGGGAUCCGGGUGGCUGCGGGCUGCAGCGGCGGUGGCAGAGGCUGCGGGGUCGGGGUCGCGGUCGCGGUCGCGGUCGAGGCCGCAGUGAGUUCGGAGGCGGAAACCCCGCGGGCAACGACCCACUCGAGGUGACCCCCUCGGAGGGAGCGCACCUCGCCCCGCACCUCCGCGUCCCAUCAGGGCUCCAGGCCUCCCCCACAGGAGGCUUCCCCCCAGGAUGGCAUCAGCGGGAGACCCCCCCACCAGCCCCCGUGAUGCAGCAGACCAGAACUUCGACUACAUGUUCAAGCUCCUGCUCAUUGGCAACAGCAGCGUGGGCAAGACGUCCUUCCUGUUCCGCUACGCAGACGACUCCUUCACACCCGCCUUCGUCAGCACCGUGGGCAUUGACUUCAAGGUCAAGACCGUCUACCGCCACGACAAGAGGAUCAAGCUGCAGAUCUGGGACACAGCCGGGCAGGAACGCUACCGGACGAUCACCACAGCCUACUACCGGGGAGCCAUGGGCUUCCUGCUCAUGUACGAUGUCGCCAACCAGGAGUCCUUUACCGCCGUGCAGGACUGGGCCACCCAGAUCAAGACCUACUCCUGGGACAAUGCUCAGGUCAUCCUCGUGGGGAACAAGUGUGACCUGGAGGAUGAGCGUGUCGUGCUUGCGGAGGACGGCCAGAGGCUCGCCGAUGACCUUGGUUUCGAGUUCUUCGAGGCCAGUGCCAAGGAGAAUAUCAACGUGAAGCAGGUCUUCGAGCGCCUGGUGGAUGUCAUCUGUGAGAAAAUGAAUGAGUCCCUGGAUCCCAGCUCCAGCCCGGGCAGCAAUGGGAAAGGCCCCGCCUUGGGAGAUGCCCCACCUCCCCAGCCUAGCAGCUGUAGCUGCUAGAGAGGAAAAACAAGCAAAGGGUGAAAUUUGGUCUCCGUGUGGAAGCGCUAAUUCUGCUAACUGGCUUCUUCUCCCCCAUGAUCCCAAAACACUACGGAGAGAGCCCUCGGCCUGCUCACUUCUGCCCUGGAUGUGGCUCUCCUGCGUAAGCGAUUCUUUGAUGACCAUUGGAAAGACGUUGCACUUUUCUCCACACGAAAAAACAAUUAAAGCCAUUGUGCCCAGA